GUCUGAGCGCCGCUUCCAGCUCAGGAGCCGAGCAAGCUCUGUACCUACCCAAUCAACGGCAGUUGGUGAGGAAAGUCCCAAGUGGUCCUUGAUGUCACACAGAGUUGAUGCGCAAUCAUCCGUGCAGCGAAUGAAAACCUAUAUGAAGGUUAGGGAGGAUUGAAAACAGAAAACGAGCAGGCCUUUUUCUGAGAUUUGAUCGGGGAGAAUAUGGCUCCAGCCCUAACAAAAAUAGCCAAAAACGGGCAAGGAGUCCACCUGUCCUCACCCAACCACCAUGGAGUCCACCUGUCCUCAUCCAACCACAAUGGAGUCCACCUGUCCUCACCCAAUGACCAUGGUGUCCCCCUGUCCUCAUCCAACCACAAUGGAGUCCACCUGUCCUCACCCAAUGACCAUGGUGUCCCCCUGUCCUCAUCCAACCACAAUGGAGUCCACCUGCCCUCAUCCAACCACCAUGGAGUCCACCUGCCCUCACCCAAUGACCAUGGUGUCCCCCUGUCCUCACCCAACGGCCAUGGAGUGCAUCUGUCCUCACACUUGGCCCCGGCAGAAGCAGAAGGCAGAGAUAUACUAGACAUCGAGCUGGAUCUUCAAAGUACGAUGGCAGAAGAUGACUACCCCCAGAAGUUGUGGCUGAGCCCUUCUUUUUUACCGUUCCUGCACUCCUGCCUUCCCGGUGGUCUUCUGGAGUUCUCGGACAAUGCAGAUUUACCUCCAUUUCAACACCAGUCGUCGACUGACCAGGCUAAGCCGACGUUCCUGCCCAGCCCACUCUCCCUGUUCAAUAUUCUUUCCAGCCAAAAAAGCCCCAGAGACCCACAGCAAUUGGCCACGGAUCUGCAGCCAGGCACAAUGGACACCAUUUUCAUCUCUGUUAAUGAUGGUGGGGAGGGACAAGAGAGCAGUUUGCAACCCCACAGCCAUGGAGGAGCUUUACAUAAUUACGAGCCAGAUGUGUUUGAAACUCACCGAACUCGUACUCCUUCGCCGGAGGAAGGGCUGACUUUGGGCCUCCGCUCCUCUGGUCCAGAGUGGGCUCAGCACUGCAGUGUGGUGCUUGGUCCGCCCGUAAUACUCGAGAAGACAGCAGGGAUUCAACAGAAGCACUUGGCCGUGAGGAGGGAGCGUUGCUGGUCAAAGCUCGUCAGACAGAUAGACCUGGAGGGCCGGGCCCUUUGGCUCCAGAGGAGACCCCAGGCCCUUCCCAUGUCACAGGCCAGCCAGCGGCUCCCAAGGCUGAAGCACCAGGAGACCUCGGACGCCCCGUUUUCUGCAGCAGUCGAGCCAUGCGAGAUGGCCAUGUGCAACAAGGCCGCGCUGCAGGGUAUCUGCCCAGAGUUUUCCUUGGACUCUGAGGCCACUGACAGCAGCAGCAGCUCAGACGACGACGAUGACCGUGAUGUCGAUGAAGGGCGGCCCCGGCUGCAGCGCAGCAAAAGGAGACGAGACAACCAGAAGGUCUUACCUGGCUCUCCUACCAGCAAUGAGUUGAGGUGGCUUGGGGAUCGGGCAGAGACGGGCAGCAGAUGGAGCUGGCUCGUGCUGCGUCUGGCUGAGUUGGAGGGCAGGAUCCAGCAUCUUGUGGAGCUCCUCAAGCACUUCCACUCCACCAAGGUCGGCGUUGUUCUUGGAGAUUCCCAGUCGCUGACAGACCAACAACUGAUACAACAGACCCUGCUGAAGGAGACAUUGGGACUGUCCUGCACGGCCAGGGUCAGGGGCGGAGAGCUGCCUUGGGAUGCCGACUAUGAACACAGUAGCCCAACGUGUCUGCUGCGCAACAUAGAGAGACAGAGUGCCCAGCUCAGCCAGAUUGUCACAAGCCUGUCACCCUGCUCGUCACCCCACUCCAAAGCACCCCAUACGUUGAUGGGUGUCACCAAGACAGCCUACAGCCCCCAGGGAGCAGAGAACAAGCGCAGGAGGCUGAGUAUCCAGGGGAGGCAUCGGGCCCUCCGGCCCCCACUGAAGGGCUUCUGCGCCCGGACACGGCCUCUGCUCACCUACCACAAACACAGGCUGUUCACCAUGGAAGAGGCCGGCCCCGGUACUCUGCAGGCUGGUCAGAGCACCAGCCCCCCAUCAUCUUCCUCCUGGGAGCCUGUGGCCCAGUGCGCCGUGCCUUCAGGUCCCCUCACCAUCAGUCCUGGAGGAUCCCUGACUUGUGGGGCGACCCAUUCCAAACCUCCCCCUCCAUCCGGCUCCUCUGUCUCUCCUUGCUCCAGCCACUUCCAGAGGACCCCCUCAGGGGAGAGAUGGUCCCAAAGACCAAUGGAAGUCGACGUAGCUGAGCCCUGCGAUCCCAGCCUGAGCUGGGAUGGCCUGCACCGCAGUGGUGAGGAGGGCUUGUCUGACCUGCUCUCUGAUCAUCAUGAAAUCUCUGAGCUUUUGGAAGAGACCUACACAGAAUAUCAAAAACACACACGCAUGCUGGCCUCACGGGGCCCAGUCCACAGACGAAAGGGUGAGACUUUGUACGGCCUUGACAACAUCAUCAUCCCCAUGUCACUGGCCCCCGGUGCCAAGGUGGAGGCGAAACAGUACAAACACAUCCUCACACCAAGCUGGAGGCUAGUAAGCAUGCAGACAUCACAGGAAAUGAGAGGAGAGGAAGAGGGAGAUGAGGUAGAGGGGAUGACAGAAGAGGUGUUCCUCCAGAGACACCUGGAGCCUGAGCGGAGAGAGAUGCUGCGCUGGUCCUCCUGGGGGAGAAGGCGAUGUCGACACCGCAGCAAUCGGCCCUCUGGGGGGGAGGGGCCUUGCAGCUUGGGAGAGGAGGAGAGUUCCAUGGAGUCAAGCCCCGCCCUGCUAGAAAUGGAUGAGCAUUCAGGCAUGGAGGAUAAACGUAUGCCCGCAUCCCCAUGGGAGCCACGCUCGUUUCCCCUGACCGAGGCUGCGGAAGAGAAGGCUCUGCCCUCUGUGGAUGCAAAGGAGUCCACAGUCCUGCGCCGCUCUGUGCCGUUCUCUAUCCUGUCCUCUUACGGUGCUUCGUCAGUGCCCUCUGUUGGACAGAACAGGAACAGCAUGGUACCAUUGUGCAGCUGCUGAGGGAGUGGCACAAAUGACUCCGUUUAUGUUUCUGUCAGAGCUCACACCACAUAUAUUGAAUAUCAAUCCAAUUAUUUUUCAUUUAGAUGAUACACUGAUUUGAUUUGGUUGCAUUCUACGCCUUUUUUUUAUUGUCAACAUGUGUUUUUAUUGUUUUAUCAGUUUUUGCCGUUUGUGUCAAACUGUCUGAAGGGUCAUACCCCAUAUCCCUUGAAUAGCAUCCUGACAUGACAAGCAAUUUCUUGCUGUGAUCUAUCCCCGUUUGACUGUUCAACAAAAGAUUUGUUCCAGAUCCAUUCUGCAUGGAUCAAAUACAUCCGCUAUAAUUUAUCUAAUAUCUAACCUUAAUUUUGAUCAUAAGGCAAGAGAUUUCUUGCUGGUACAAUCUUUUAGGUGCUAAUUAUUAUUGUUGUCUAUACUGUUUGUUCCUUUUUAAAUGGGUCGAUAUAAAAACUGUUAAUAGAACCUCAACAUGUUACAUAACUCUUUUUGUAACUUGUAAAAUUGGAUUUUAACCUUGGAAACACUUUUAUCAUUUUAUCAAUAAGAUUGAUGUUUAUAAUUGCUCAUAAUAUAACAAAAUAAAACAAUUCCUUCUCAUUUUAAUAAUUUUAAAUCAAGACCCUUUUUUUAAUCUCCUUGAACUUUAAGAGAUAGGACGUCUUAAAUAAAGGACGAAGAGGUGAAGAGCCAAUUAUGGGAUUGUGGAUAGAAGGUAAUAGGCCUACUACACACUAAUGUGUAUUUCUGGGACAAUAUAGCACAAAGUAUUCAGGCACAGGGAAGUAUGUUAUGAAUUGAUUAAGCUUAAUUUCCCAUCCAAUCCCAGGGUCCAUCCAGCAAACUUGGAAAAAAAAUGCCACUGAUUGUUCGGACGUUUCUUUGCUCUCUGAUUGGUUAUCAUACAUAGACAUUUGGGUCUGCGCGCGUUGAUGACGAGGGGCCUAUAAAUGCCCCUUGGAAAUCGAAAAUGAACUGAGAUGUUCUCGACGUAUUUGCGAAUUGGUCUCGCGAUAUAUGACUACAAACAACUCGCCUUGUAGCUUCAACCCAAGGGGUAUGGUUAUUUAUCCCAAAGGCCGAACCAAACAUUAAUUUAGAGGGGAGGCCUGCUAAUAAAAUAAGGAAAGGCUAGAAAAGGUGAAAACACCCACUCCUAAUACACGUUCUGUGGUCAAACCUCUCCUGAGCUCCACCUUUGUCAGGUGAAUCAGAAAAUCCAUGUCAGAAUCAGAGGUGAACAUGUAAGACAAUGAAUGAAACAACAUACGCGGCGUUAUUAUUGGUACAGUUUAUUAGAAGUGAAUAAGGUCUUGAA